AUGAAAUGAAACCUGGUUACAUUUACUCGGAAAAUAAAUAAUUAAUAAAUAAAAAUAAUAGUAUUAAAUGUUAUCAAGAUAAAAUGAAGAAACAGGGGCAGUUACGGUUUUAUUUAUUAUUCAUUUUUAAACAUAUUUAAACCACCGGCUACCGUAAUAACUGUUGUAGUCUGCGCGCAAUAUGCUGACCACUAACUUAGCGCUUCCUAUCCGCUACCAUAAUAACCGUUGUUCUAGUCUACACGCAACGCAUGUUUUUUCUCAUUCACAAAACGCUAAAACCCAGGACAUUUUCGGGGACAGUCACUCUAGCUUUUGCAAAUUCCUACAGGUUGUUAGCUUGCUAAAACUGUUAGCCUCAACGGUUCGUUUUACACCGUUGCUUGGCAACUGUUUUCAGACGUCGUCUCUUGUACGUAAGUGUGGUAACUGGACGAGGCUUAGCUGGAGGCAAAACAACGUCCGCUAACGCCUAGCGGAGUGUGUAGGCUUGUUUUAGAUUUAUUUAUUUAAUUUUUUUCCCAUCUAUAGUUACUCACUCUCCUGGACCGCGAGUGUUGGAAAAAGUCAACGUUAAUCAACGGGACCUGAUCGGUCGAAAACGGAAAACAAACCUGGUUUAUUGCUGUUAACGGAACCAACGGCUACUAGCAUGGCUACUAGCAUGGCUAGUUCUUAUAAAAGAUCCUUUUACGGAUUCAUCUCACAUCAGGCUGAAGCUGCAGUUUGCUGUAGUUCAGUCUUCCGCCUCCAGGGGGGGCGGUCGGACACAAACUCAGCUCUUUUCUCAUCCUGCUUCUUCUUCUUCUUCUUCGAUCCCAACUUCCUGAUUUUCCAACGAAAACAUCAACCACGAUGUCCUCCUCCAGACUCAACGAAUCCCAGUUCAGCUGCCCCAUCUGCCUCCAGUGGCUCAAGGACCCGGUCACCAUCCCGUGCGGCCACAGCUACUGCAUGCGCUGCCUGACGGAUCACUGGGACCGGCUGGUGGUCUGCAGCUGUCCCCAGUGCAGGGCCACCUUCAGUCCCAGACCCACGCUGGGCAGGAACAACCUGCUGGUGGAGAUGAUGGAGAAACUCGGUGCCAUGAAUCUGAAUCUGAGCGGGGGCCCCUCUGCUCCCCCUCUGUCCGCGGUCCUCAUGGGCCCCGCGGAGACCGGAGGCUUCCAGCACGCCACCUUUGACGUGUCCUCGGUGCGUCCAGAGAGGAAUGACGCGGAGAGGCUGUUGGGAGAAACACGGAGAUGUGUUGCAGCUCAGCUUCAGGAGAGGGAGUUUGAGGUUCAGCAGCUGAAACAAAGUCUGCGCUCGUUCUCCCGUUUGGCCAAAGCAGCGGUGAAGGACAGCAGCAAGAUCUUCUCGGAGCUGCUGGAGUUCCUGGAGCGGCGUCGCGUUGAGACCAAGGAGCUGAUCAGGGCCCAGGAGAAGGCCGAAGCGAUCCGAGCCGAGAACCACCUGCAGCAUCUGGAGCGGCAGAUAACGGAGCUGAGGAGGAGGGACGGGGAGCUGGAGAUGCUUUCACGCUCCGAGGACCAGCAGCUCAUCGCACAGAUGUGCCAGUCGCUUCAGAGUCCAAAAGAAAGCAACUCUCUGAGAGUCAGUCCACACGUCUCAUUUGGGCCGGUGAGAAGCGUCAUCUCAGACCUGAAGGAGCAGCUGCAGAGCUUCUUCCAGACUCAGUACACAGGCGUCACCUCCGCAGUGAAAGCUGUAAACCUUCUGCACAUAGAAAAGGCCAACAGAGACGCCUCCUCUGAUUCUUCCUGCGUUCCCGCUCUGAACAGCAGAGACGAUCUCCUCCAGUACUUCUGUCCGCUGUCUGUGGAUCCGUUCACGGUGCAUAGCGACCUCUCUCUGGCCGAGGGGAACCGUGGGGUCAGGCGGACCGGAAAACCGCAGAGCUACCCGGACCACCCGGACCGCUUCGACACCUGGGGCCAGGCGCUGUGCCGCGAGGGUCUGAGGGGCCGCUGCUACUGGGAGGCCGAGUGCGACGGCCUGCAGGUGGCGCUGGGGCUCAGCUACGAGAGCAUCGGAAGAAAGGGUUCGUCCAACCAGUCCCGACUGGGACACAACUCUGUGUCGUGGGGUCUGAGCUGCAGCUCGUCCUCCUUCUCCUUCUGUCACGCUGACCAGUCCCAUGCGGUGGCGUCUCCUCCUCCCGCUGCCUCCUCCUCGUCCUCCUCGUCCUCCUCCUCCCGCAGGAUCGGCGUGUUCCUGGACCACGACGCCGGUCUGCUCUGCUUCUACGCCGUCACGCCCGGAGGAGUCCACCUCCUGCACCGGGUGGAGACUAAGUUCGACCAGCCUCUGUACGCGGCCGUGUGGCUCGGAGCCGACUCUUCCGUCGCCUUCGUUGUCCCGAACUGAACAACUUCUAAGCUGCAUUAGGUCAGUAAACUCACAGUUUUUAUUUCAUUUAAUGAAAUGACUCAGGUCCUGACUAGAGCUCUACUCAUUAAGCUUUAAUUAAAACUUCCAAGUUAUUAGAGUUGUUGCAUGACGAGAGCAGUUAGAUAAAUACGUACAUAAAAUAAAGCAAAAUCAGACAUUAUAAAUAUCUUAAAAGUGUAAAUAAAUCCCAUGAAAAGGACACGACUUGGGGAGAAAAUUCAAUCACAAACUAGCUGCUCAUCAGUAUUAAUAAAUAUUAUAUUUGUUUUGCAUGUAAUGAAUAUUAAUAACCAUCUAAACCUAAACGCUAUAUUUAAUGCUUAUUACAGUAAAGUGCACUUAGUGAUAAACUUAUCAGCCAUAACAUUAUGACCACUAGUGUAAUAAAUGACACUGAUUUUUCUAGUUACUGUGGGAUAUCAAUAAAAAAAAUAGUCCUAAAAGUUGAUGUUAGACUGGAAACUCUGACUACAUCAGAGUAUCAGAAUACUUGACUGAUCUGUGUACUUUGGAUUUAUCUUUCUGGGUUUUUUUUUUAGAUUUUAUCAGGGAUUCUUGUACCGAUAUAUAUUGUAUAUUUAUAGUGUAAUUCUACCUCGUUAAUUAAUUUGGUCCCUGACAGUUUUGUGUCAUGUAUGAACAAAAGAUUUUAUUUAUUUACUUAUUUAUUUUAUUCAACAUCU